CCACCCUCCCCAAUUCCACGUCUCUCCCCCCCACCCCACCUUCGUCCCUACCGCGGUCGGUCCGCGCCCUGCGUGCAGCGGUCUCUUCGCGGUUCUGGUUGAACAGAAACUUCCCCUCCCCCCCGUCCCCGGUCCCAGUCCCCGUCCAAUCGCUGACGUGAAGAUGAGCAGCUCAGAGGAGGUGUCCUGGAUUUCCUGGUUCUGUGGGCUUCGUGGCAAUGAAUUCUUCUGUGAAGUGGAUGAAGAUUAUAUCCAGGACAAAUUCAAUCUCACUGGACUCAAUGAGCAGGUGCCUCACUAUCGACAAGCUUUAGACAUGAUCUUGGACCUGGAGCCUGAUGAGGAGCUGGAAGACAACCCCAACCAGAGUGACCUGAUUGAGCAGGCAGCUGAAAUGCUCUAUGGAUUGAUCCACGCCCGCUAUAUCCUCACCAACCGUGGCAUCGCCCAGAUGUUGGAAAAGUACCAGCAGGGAGACUUUGGCUACUGUCCCCGUGUGUACUGUGAAAACCAGCCAAUGCUUCCCAUCGGCCUUUCGGACAUCCCAGGUGAGGCCAUGGUGAAGCUCUACUGCCCCAAGUGCAUGGACGUGUACACACCCAAGUCAUCGAGGCACCACCACACGGAUGGCGCCUACUUCGGCACCGGUUUCCCUCACAUGCUCUUCAUGGUGCACCCUGAGUACCGGCCCAAGAGGCCCGCCAACCAGUUUGUGCCCAGGCUCUACGGUUUCAAGAUCCAUCCGAUGGCCUACCAGCUGCAGCUCCAAGCGGCCAGCAACUUCAAGAGUCCAGUCAAGACGAUUCGCUGAUUCCCCACCCCACCUGUCCCCAGUCUUUGACACUUUCAUUCCUUUGCUGCCACCCUUUCAGGAACCCUCAAUGGUUUUUAGUUUAAAUUAAAGGAGUCAUUAUUGUGGUGGGAAUAUGAAAUAAAGUGGAAGAAAAGGCC